AAAAGAAAGAUUCGAAAAUUGGUAUGUUUAGAUUUUGAAAAAUAAUCCUUUGACCAGUAUUGAUGUUUUCGGAAGUAUAUCAUCAAUAUAGAAGAUACGAAUAUCGACAUAUCCCACUUCGAGGAUUCGGUUAUAGAAAUUAGUUAUGAUGGAUUCCAAAAUCAUUGACUCCAAUAAUACGACUCUUUUGCCGGAUAUUUUUGAUAUGAAUAGUCAAAACAAUGGCAAGAAUUUUAUUUUGGAGGAUCGCUUAAUAGGUAGCCAAGAAUAUUGCGAUACCUGUGUUUACAAUUGUCAAGAUGGAAAUAAAACUUUUCUCCCAAGUUCAGCCAAAUUCAAUAAGUCCUACUACUUGUCUUACACUCAUAAUACGCGGUAUCCCCAUCAACAUACAAUCACCCAAUCCGGCCAGAUACAAUUAUGGCAAUUUCUAUUAGAACUUCUAGCAGAUUCGAGAAACAUUGAUUGCAUAUGCUGGGAAGCAGACGGUUCCCCAGGAGAAUUCAAACUAUCAGAUCCCGAUAAAGUGGCCAGUAAAUGGGGAAAAAGAAAGUCUAAGCCAAAUAUGAAUUAUGACAAGAUGUCUCGAGCCCUAAGAUAUUACUACGAUAAAAGAAUUAUGACCAAGGUUCAUGGUAAAAGGUACACUUACAAAUUCGACUUUUUCGCCUUGGCGGCUAAUCAAGCCCACCAGACAUCUUGUUUUUACUAUGAUAACGUCAGCAAUGAUAUAGACGUGGCAAGUAAUUAUUCGAAUCAUUAUAAGUAUGCCAAGUGUAAUUACAAGUUUGACGGUGGGUUGGAGAAUACAGAUAAUGAUUUGGGCGAAAAAGAUACAUCUUGCUAUUGUGAUGCGCCCAAGUGGAACGGUGACGUCCACCAGUUCAAUUACGAAGACAAGACCUAUACAAAUGAAAGUAGCAAGAAGUUAGCAUACAGUAAAGAUAAUAUUAAGAAAGAAUAUAGCAGGCCGGAUGAGAUGGAGGAUCAGAACGACAAAAAUUUGGAGCAUAGUGAUAAGAAAGAGAUUAAGAAAAUGAAGGGCAUUUAUAACAAAUAUCAAAGAAAUGAACUAAAAGUUAAAUCGACGAUGGGUUCAUUGGCAACCGAUAUUAUAAGAAAUAACAAAAACAAUUACAUAAAUGAGGAAACAAAUAACAGCGAGGAAUAUAGAAAAGCGGCAUUUGUAUCCAAAGGUAAAAGUAUUAAUUCCGAUCGAUCCCUUAUGAUAGAUAAAUUUUACAAAUGCAAGCGGAAAUUAUUUAAUAAACAAACUCCAGCCGUGGAAUCUAAUUACAAUAAUGACAGGAGUCAUUUACAAUAUCAAUCCAAUUCAAAAGAAGUUAAAAAUGUGGAUGAAAAAAUGAAAGACGCUUUCAAAAAAUCUUUGUCUGGCGAAGUUGAAAAACGGAUAAAUUACAAUGAAUACCAAAAAUAUAAUAAUCUAAACAAGUCAAAACUAUCAAUGGAUAAUCUUAUCGAAAAUGUGCAACAAUCGGAUAUGCUAUAUUGCCAACAAGAAAAUAUAUACUUCAAAUAUUUGAAAGAAAAUAUAGGGAGCCUUAAAGAUAUAAUAGUAACCCCGCAAAACCAGGUAGAAUAUUAUGCGCCGCCCUCGAAAAUAUCAUAUUUUAAUGAAUUUCUUCCCACAAACAACGCGAACUUCAAAGAUAAAUUUAACAACAACCUUAAUGCAACCCCGUACCAUCACAACCUAUUAACAAAAACGAACAACGUAAUUGAGUGCAACUACGACCUUAAACACAAUCCAAUUCACAUGUACAACACCCACAUUCCACCAACUUACUCCGGCAUUCCGUAUCUACCCGAAUGUGACUAUGAGAUUUCAGCGAAAACCGCCGAUUUUCUGCCGAAUCCAACUCUAAAAUAUUCUUCUAGUCAGCAAGGCUUCGAACAACCCAAUCAUCUGCAACACGAUUUCAAGCAAGGCAACCACUACAAUUUCGAAGAUGUUAAUGCUAUAAAAAAUGGUCCUCCUUAUAAUUAUAUAUACAAUAAUUAUGGCCAUAAUAAUAACUUCUAUAGUAUAAAUAUCAAUACGGUCAUAAACCCAAACCCAGGGUUACCACCCAUACUUCCCACAUCUCAGCAUCAUUCGUAUUACUGGCCCCCUCCGUAUCACUGAUUCAUAAUAAAUUUUUAAAAUAAAUUGUAAAUUUUAGUUUAAAAGAUCAAUAAUUUAUUUAAUUUUAUCAGCGACAAUUUUAUUAGCUUUAGACGAGACACAAAUCCUAUGAUUUUAAGGCAAGUGUUCAUUUCGACAUUAGAUUGUAAAUAUAUAUAUAAUUUAUCAUCAAAAAAAAU